AUGCAGAUGGUAUCUAGCAAGCUCGUCGAAAUGCUGCUGACGCUGUUUUUCCUCAGCGACACGUUCCUCAAGUGGAGCAUCGAAUUGCCAGAGACCCGCAUCGGCCCCCCAGAUCAGCUGGCCACGCUGGUCUCCGGCUGCUACCUGUGCGUGGUGGAGUUGCUGCUGGCCGUGCUGGGCCUGCGAGCUUUCGACGUCUCCGAGCAGGUAUACCCCACCCCCGACCUGACCGCGGGUUAUCCCCUGGACAUGGUGGCCCAGCUGCAGCUCUGCGGCGUCCGCCAGGGCGCCUACGCCCUCCUCUCGCGUCUGGAGGCGCAGGCCCAGGCCCCGCUGCCGCCGCUCCGCGAGAGCAGCGGCGAGGACUCGGACGAUGCCACCGGGGGGGCGAGAGUGCCAGCGAGACCUCGGGCCUCAGCCGGCGGCAGCUGCUGCAGGAGGCCCCGUGCGGCAGCCGCCGGCGUCCGAGCGAAGGGCUCCAGCGGCAACGAGCAGCGGCUUCUCGUGCCCGUCCCCGAUGGGCGGGUCCCGCGCGUGGGCGCUUGGCCGGCGGCCAGGCGGUGGCGGCCACGCUGCCGCAGACCUCGCCAGAACAAUUGA